AUGUCAUCUCUUGCGCAAGCACCAUCGUUUGCAGGGUCAUGGUCCAAGUUAAAUCCCCAAUUGACACCAUGGAUUCAAGAUGUUAUUUCGUCCCAAGGAUUCUCACAAAUGACACCCGUACAAGCCAGUGCUAUACCCUUGUUUAUGAAGCACAAGGAUGUAGUAGUCGAGGUCUGUACCAUCAAAGACCCCUUAUCUUGGCUAAAACCCGCAAAGGCUGUUACAGGAUCGGGCAAAACACUGGCGUUUGUUGUCCCAAUUAUCGAAAAAUUGAUUCGCAGGGGGACACCACUACGCAAGAACGAAGUCGGAGCUUUGGUUAUUUCACCCACACGUGAACUUGCCGCCCAAAUCCACUCCAUUUUUCAGCUCUUUCUGGAAGCUCAACCACCACCUCCUCAGCCAGAGAAUGUACAUCCUGACGACCCAGCCCUCGCGCCUACCUACCCUCCCUCACUACUGCUUGUCUCUGGAACUGAUUCCACACCGGCCCAAGAUACUCAACGAUUUUCAGACACAUCGGCCGACAUUGUGAUAGGGACCCCAGGGCGUAUAGAGGAAUUUUUACUUGGAAGAGGGUCGAACCGAGUGAGCGUCAAGGAGCUCGAGGUGCUGGUAUUGGAUGAAGCUGAUAGACUCCUUGAUCUCGGCUUUCUUGGAUCGAUUACCAAAAUACUUCGACACCUUCCCAAGCAGCGGAGAACUGGGCUCUUUAGUGCGACAAUGACCGACGCUCUAUCUGAGCUAGUACGGGUAGGCUUGCGUAAUCCCGUCAGGAUUGUAGUAAAGGUAGAAAAUAAGAAACGCAAAGCAGGAGAGGCCGUGAUGGCAGAAAGACGUACCCCUGCUACCCCGCUGUCCCAGCUAUCCAAGACUAAAGUUUACACGCUACACGGACAUCUCACCCCAACUAAACGAGCAUCUACCCUGGCUGCUUUUGCCGCACACCCAUCUACAUCCGAUUCUCCCUCACUCUUGCUUGCGACAGACGUGGCCGCACGUGGUCUAGAUCUACCAGACGUUGACGUCGUGAUACAAUACGACCCCCCUACGGACCCGAAACAAUAUAGCCACCGAGCUGGUAGAACAGCUAGGGCUGGGCGCAAGGGUCGCGCUUGGGCACUACUAUGCGAAGGCCGGGAACAGGAAUAUGUAGGUCAGUGGCCGAGCUUCUUCAUUGAUGCACAGCUCGUGGGUAUUGAGAUCUGCUUGCUAGAUUUCCUUGCCGUGCGACAAAUUCCCCUGAAAGAACAUCUGUACAUCCAUGCCAGCGACGAGUCAACGUCUCAAGUUGGAGCAGAACGACCUCUGGACAGUGAUGCGCCUAUUCUUUUCCAAUCAAUUCGGAACAUCGUCCGGAAGGAUCGAGACAUAUAUGACAAGAGUAUGAAGGCCUUUGUGUCAUUUGUCCGGGCAUACUCUAAGCACGAGGCAUCGUACAUCUUUCGAAUUAAAGAUCUAGAUCUCGUGGGCGUCGCAAAAGCGUUUGGUCUAGUUCGACUACCAAAGAUGCCGGAACUCACUUCUCGAGAAGGCUGGACCGACCUGGAUAUCGAUUGGGAUACAAUUCCAUAUCUAGACAAGACGCGAGAAGCUCAGCGUCAGGUCGCUCUUCAGACCGCGUCUGAAACCGCCGAGGCGCGGCAGCGAGAACGCGAGGCAACACGGGAACAGCGGAUGUCGCAAAAGAAGAAGAACAGUGCAUGGAGCAACCAAAUCGCCCGAUCUGAGGCCCGUGAGUUACGAAAGGAGAAGAAGGGAAGAAAACGAGAGUGGUUGAAGAGGCAGCAGAUCUUGGUGGCUGAGACUGAAACGCAAGACAAAGUGUCCGAUGAUUCCGGAGAUGAUGAUGGCGAGCAGGAUUGGGAAGAACUCAAAGCGGAGGAAAGAGCUUCCAAAAAGAUGAAGAAGUCCACUAAGGAGCAAACCGAGACGAUGGCUUCGUAUGAUGACUUGUAA